UGUGAUGAAUAAAUAUAGAACAUAUACCUUUAUUUUCUUCUGCGACGUAAGAUUUCUUUCAAAUGUUUUAACAGAAAGAAACUGGAAAGGAAACACCAACAAACAAUGCUAAUUUUGUUAAAUAAUAGUAAAAGAAUAUAUAAUGACUGUAAAAAUACAGGUCUUGAACUGAAAAUAAAUGCAACACAAAACCUUAUAUUACUUAUUCACAAACUGGAGAUGAAAAUCAUAAUGACAGUAAUGAUGUUGGUUUUAAAAGCAAGAAGGCAAGAAAUCGUUUCAAGACAACAAAACAAAGGUCUGCCUCAAUGCCAGCCCAUAGUUGGUACAGUACAGGACUUAUUGCCCAUAUACUAGUGAAGAUGCCAAUCUAGAACAGAUAAUAUCAAACCAGUCGACUUAAUAAGGGAAUGGGCUUAUUUAUGUCCAACAGAAAACAAUUUAGCAUUGCUAACAAAAGCCAAUGAACAGUAUUUUAAUUUAGUGCAAAUGGCUUGGAGACUUUCAUUUUCAAAUGUUUCCCUGUUAGUGGUGGCCAUACUAUAUCCAAUUAUUCAGCUUUAAAACCCCACAUUUGUGGCCUGUAGGUGUGUUUGGUAUUAUUAGUUGGGUAUAAUAGUAGAAGAUUCAAUGCUGUUUCAAUGUUAUCUCCAACUGAAGUCUUCAUAUGGUACUUAUUUAUCCUACAAUUUAUGCCAACAGAAGCUUGCCUAAAUGAAAGGAUAUAAAGUAGUAUUACCAAAGAAAGCCCAGUUUAUAAGGGCAGUAAAGUCAAAACAGUAAACUGGACAUCUUUUAGGACUGCAUGUUUGAAAAAAAUUAUCACAAAAGAAAAAACAACACUAUGCUGUCAGUUUCUAGUAUAGAAGACAAUCCCACAAUUUCUUUCAAAUGGCCAUCACAUGUACCUAUAGAACCAAAUGACAGGUGGUAUUUAAAACAGAAAUGUUCAACAAAUAAAAAAUCCACUUGCUAUUUGGUUUUCUUCAUGUAGCAUUCCUUUUUUUAUAUUUCAGGUCAACUGUGCUUUAACAUGAAUUAUGUACAUUUCUAGGUGGGAAUGUCCUUUCUAGCUAAAAAACAGGAAAAGAAAAAUACACCUCUCUUCUUUUAUGUGGUUUUCUAGAUACCACAAAUAUAGCUUGGUCUCAAUCACUGCUUAUUUAUAUCAUAGCCACCACUUAUUUUCUCAUUCUCACAACUCUCGUACUGAGCAUGAUACUAAAGCCCUGCCAUUUAUAUUUUUUGUUUAAUCUCAUCACAGCUAGCCAGGGCAUACAAGGACCAAUGUUUUCCUUGUAAAUGUUUUUCAGAUGUAGCAAGGGGCAGCAGUAGCUUAAAGGGCAGUUGGCUACAUGUCUGCCUGGGGUAUUUCUCAUUCAACUGCUAAUAUAAUAUAGGACCAAGUAGCAAUGGAAGCAGUUUUGGGCAAAUACUGUCACGUCCCAGAGAUUUUGCAACGAGACAUGCCAAGACCAAGAUUAUAGUGGAUAAUCUGAACUGAGAGCGGAUAACCAUGACAUACAUCAACCUGCAACUCUUUUAUGUUGGAGUUUUGGCUCCUGCCAUCCUGACAGUGCUUCUCUUCAUAGGCUUUCUCAUCUGUUGGUUUAAGUGCAAAUUUGGGGACAAACUGAAAGAAAAACUACCACAAGCAUGUCACAAAGUAGGCAUCCAAACAUGGAGUGCAGAGAACACUGCCACUAUAAGCAGUCUGUCUGUUCAAUCUCUACCAAGGUCUUCAAACCUGGGACCAAGAUAUGAUUUUAAAGCAGUUGACCACACAGACUGUAUCUCCUGCUCCUCACGGGAUGCCUACAUAACCCUCAUCACAGAAUCAACCAAGAGACAGCAGAAGCAGCAGCAGCAGGGAAUUAAUGAUAAAUCGAUGAGUCACAACACAGCAUCUUCAAGUGUAACGACAGCGACAAGUCCCAGCUAUGUGAAUCAAACUUAUUUUAUUAACACUGUGACCAGCAGGGAACACUCCAUCCCAGUGGAUGAACCCAUAGAGACAGAUGAUAAUAGUGAGGAAAACCAUGUGCUCUACCAAGCAGCACUGGAUACUAUACGCAAAGGUGUCCCUGUGGACAGGCCGAUCUCUCCUCUAGAUGAUAGGGACAGUAUGGAUGCUGAAAGGGCAGACAAUCAAGCCAAUGCAGCAGUUGUAGCAAUAGAUGAGGAAAUUAAAUACAAUCAAGCUAUCAAUUUAUAUGCUUCAGAGAAUUCUGACAGUUUCGAUUUAUUGUUUCAUCAAAAGAAGUCUCCUCAAGCAGCAAUUCAUGAAUCACACGGGAUUGAAGAAAGCUGAUAGAUAGUAUGACUGGAUUCACAGGAGGGGGGCUAAUUGAACAGCAAUACUGAAUUCACAGGAGAACAGCAAAAACUGGGAGGCAGAAAAGUUUGGAGUAAUUUCUGAUUAUCAAGGAGCUAGAGGCUAAUACAGCCUCAAUACCAUGAACUGGGUCAACUUGAAUUUUGUCAAGUCCAAAGUUUUAAAAAUCCAUACAGAAAUUUAGGGUUUAAUCAAUUAGGAACAAGACUGGCUGAACAAAAAAUACUUUCUUUGAAUGAGGCAAAUGGGUCAAAUUUGAAUGAGGCAUAAAAUGCCCAUAUUAGUAAUAAAACUAAAAGUGUAUUUCAUAAAGAGUCUGACAAAAAGGCUGCUUUCAGUCAUUUUUCAAUAUCACACACAAUAAGCGAUGUAUUGAUAAUGUGCUGCAACAUGAAGAUAUUGUGCUUAACACAUUGUUUUAUUAUUGACAAAAAGAGAAGUAAAAAGGUUGAAUGGACACUGCUACAUAUUGGUAAAAAUACCCUUGUACUAGCUAAAUUAAUGAUAAUUUAGUUAAGAUUGUAUACCAGGUGCACACCAGUAAGUCAAUGUUUAGUCAAUUGGCUUAAAAGUUCUAAUCUUGAUGGGAUAUACAUUUUUAUAAAAGAAAAAGUAAUGCACAGUAAGUGCUCAGAUAUGUCAGAAAGACCCAUUUUCUGAUGGUAAUUGCACACAGCCAGCCAAGUGUCUGCUAUCCACAUCAGAGGAUGAUAAAUGACAUGAAUUUGCCUCAAUUACAAUGACAGUAGAUUUGUCAUUUUCCUCUAAAGCUUAAUAUAAUUAGGUACAAAAUAAACUUGUCAGAAUGUACACUAGAAAGUAAGCCAAGAUGUAUAAAAAAUCUGCUGGAUUUGCUGGAUUUAUGUUAAUAGAAGUCAUCAAUAAGGAUGCUGUGUGUGACAUGUGUCUAUAUUUCCUUCACAGUCAAUUGCUUUUUCAGUAGCAAACCCAUGACAGAAAGAGACCACUAUGAUAAAUAUGCUCAUUUGAAUUCACUUAAAUUAGUUGUAUAUAAACACUUUUUAUUGCAAAUCAAUCAUAUUAUUUAUGUUAUUACAAAAUGUGGACCCAAGCAUGUGCCAUGUUACAAAUUCUAGUCUUAGUUGUAAUGUUGGUGAAGAAUUGUAACUCUGUCAUAGUAGGCAGAUCAUAUUGUAAUACAGUUAAACUGACUUUCUAUGAUAAAUUAUUAUUAAUAAAAAAACUUAAAAAAGCAUUUUGUUUAUCUAGACCUAUACCAAUUGUGUCCUUAU